GUCACCCUAUCCGAUCCCCAAUUACUCCGCCUCACGCCUCUCCCGGUCUCUCCGCCUCCACCACCGCGCCCAGCCCUUCACCCCAAACCCCGCCAGGACGCCACGUCGCGUCGUCGCGGCGGCGGAGAUGCAGGCCGCCGCCGCCUUCAACCGGGCAGCCUUCACCGCCCGCCCGCUGCAUCGCCCCACGAGGCCCCUCCUCCACCUAGCUGGGGCGGAGGAUGCUUUGGCGGGAAGAAGAGGCAAGCCCCUGACACGUCCCUGGUGCUCCGGGAGCCUCUCCGUCGGCGUCGGCAGCUACGGCAGCGAGCACACUCCAGUAUUUCCAAGGCAACAAGCAUGGGAUCCCUACAAGCUUCUUGGUGUUGAUCAUGAUGCAUCUCAAGAAGAGGUCCGGAGUGCACGGAAUUUUCUUCUAAAACAAUACGCUGGAUAUGAAGAAAGUGAAGAGGCCAUUGAAGGUGCUUAUGACAAAAUAAUAAUGAAUAGCUACUCACACCGUAAGAAAUCCAAAAUCAAUCUGAAAAGCAAGCUAAAAAAGCAAGUUGAAGAAUCCCCAUCAUGGCUUAAGGCACUGCUUGGAUACUUCGAGGUGCCAUCACUAGAGAUCACUUCAAGGAGAUUAGCUUUUUUUGCAUUCUUUGCUGGGUGGAGCAUUGCAACUUCUGCUGAGACUGGGCCUGCCUUUCAGCUUGCACUAUCACUCGUCUCAUGCAUAUACUUCCUCAAUGAGAAGAUGAAGAAUCUUGUCAGGGCGUCCACCACAGGGCUCGGAGUAUUUGUCGGUGGCUGGAUCUUAGGUUCUUUUCUUGUUCCAGUGAUCCCAGCUUUCAUCAUCCCGCCUACAUGGUCCCUUGAGCUCCUUACUUCGCUGACGGCCUAUGUUUUCAUGUUCUUGGGUUGCACUUUCCUCAAGUGAGACUUUGCAACAGUCCUCUAAUUUUGAAAUCCCUGUUGUCAUCACAAAGAAGAUUGCUCCUGCUGACAUCUCCACUGCAAAUCCCAACCUCCUGAUAAGCGCCCUCAUUCACAUUUUUGGUCCGAGAGUAUAUGAUGAUCUAUGGGCAACUCCGCUUUUCCACGGAAGGAUCGGCCAGAUUUAAGCUACAUACAUUUUUGUCACCCCUUACGAUCUUACUCAAGUAGUCAAGUGUACGCAAUAGCUAGUAGCUGAUUAAUUUUUGUAAUCAAACAUCGCUGGGAGUUCCAUGAUUGUAAUACCUGUAUGCAAAUGAGUCCCAUGAUUGUAAAUUUGUAAUCAAACAUUGCUGCAGCAAUGUAAACGUUCUGGUGGCAUGUUUGUGCUGCUGCUUUCCUAACGGCAUGUUCGGACAGAUGGAAGUUUAUGCCA